AUGAAUAGUGGCAUGGAGCACUUGUCCGUCACGACGGCUAGCAUUGGCCUUUUGGCCGUUGGCGGCAAGAUCCUCGACAUGCUGCUAGAGUUGAACGCCGUGCUGGGACCAAGCACCACUCUCGUCAACGAAGCCAUGUUGGAAUCCAAGCAAUGCCGGUCAUCCGCACAUAUCUUGUACAAAACUCUUUGUCUGCUUGAAUCCGCGCGCUUGCCUUUCCCCGAGCGCAGCACAUGGAUUCAAACAGAUGACGUCGUCGUUACUAUGGCGGACACUGUCUUGGCAUUUUCGGAGCUGCAAGAUCUGUGCUACGCCAUCGACAAUCUACUUUCGGCCUCAACCGCGCAUGCCACCAUUUGCGAUAAAUUCGAGCCCAAGCUUCGCAACCUGUGCGCGCGUAUCCGUUGGCACCACCUUUCCAUGACCCUGAUGACAACAGUCCUGCAAUGCCCUGGCCUGGUCGACGCCGAAAACAGUCGCGCGAGCUUGGAGAAGCGCAUUACUCGCUUGCUUUCCUCCAACUCUGAACUCUCCAACCGCAUGCGAACUUUGAUCGAUGUGUUUGCCAACAUUCGCGGCCCUGCUGGCUCACUCGUCAAUUAUCGCCUGGCUGCCCAGCAGCCGGCUCUCGAAGAGGCAGCUGCACCAUCCUCCAGUUCACAAAGUUCAGGCCGGCGGCGAGCCUGGUCGACGCUCUCUGGUUAUACUCUGGCGGACAUGCCCAUAAUCAGGGCCGCCUCGGAGCCCAUCAUGCCGUCGACAAAUCCGACCGUCGUUGUCCCUCAGCCGCGGAAGAAGAAGCGGUGGCGGUGA